AGGUACAUUGAAGAGAUGCAUUGUGGUAUGGUAGCCCAUCAAACUGAAGGCUGCAGAUAUUAGGUAAGAAUGCUUUAUAAAAAGGGAAGGGGGAACUGUAGAAGGCUCGUGAAUCUACGCUUACCUUGAGAAUAGGAGUGUAUUCUUAAGCUCGGGAACAGUAACAUCGGUAAAGGAAAAGAAGCAUCAUCGGUGAAACAAGCUCCAAUGCAACAAAAUCGGCAAGGUUUUGAUCUCUACGCAAACUCCGGUACAGUGGAAGGCUCUGAUCUCUAACUGAGCUUGUCGAGCUGAACAGGCUCAGAAGGAGAUUAUAUCUAGCUGUGACAUUCGUGGUCUGCACAAAUUUUGCAAUCAUAUCUCCGGCAAAUCCUUGGUGAUGUGCAGAGAUAUGGUAUUAGUGAUAAAUGCAGUAACCGAGGAAUCAUGCAGUUUACUCAGCUCUUAAGCAACUGGUCUGGCUCUCAAGGAUACUGCAUAGAAAUUGGAGAUGGAGCGUGGGACUCCUGGACUAUGCCCCUUAUGGAACAGACAGCAAUUGCUUGUGAUAAGGUGAAGGGUAUGAGAGAACUUAGUGAGGGUUACAACAUGGUGGGACUUUCUCAGGGUACUAUGAUUGGUCGAGGGAUUAUUGAAUUUUGUGAAGGAGGACCUUCUGUAAAGAAUUUCAUUUCUGUGGCAGGCAUCCAUGCUGCUACUGCUUCAAUUCCAUUUUGUGGAUCUGGCUUGCUAUGCAUUCUCCUAGAUAGUUUAAUUAAGUUAGAGAUCUACAGCAACUGUGUACAGUUGGUAGCUGAUAGCAUUUUGACAUAUGUAUCUUCGGUGAGAUUGCAGGAACAUCUGGCUCCCAGUGGUUAUCUUAAAAUUCCAACUGACAUUUCUGAGUAUCUAAAGGGAUGUGGGUUUCUCCCAAAACUUAACAAUGAACUUGCUGACGAAAGAAAUUCUACUUAUAAGGAACGUUUUUCCAGCUUGGAGAAUUUGGUGCUUAUCAUGUUUGAGCAAGACAAAGUUUUGAUACCCAAGGAAACUUCCUGGUUUGGAUAUUAUCCUGAUGGUUCCUUUGAUACUAUUUUAUCUGCACAAGAGACCCCGUUAUAUAUAGAGGACUGGAUUGGCUUGAAAACUUUGGAUGAGGCCGGGAAAGUUAAAUUCAUAAAUGUUUCUGGGAAUCAUCUCCAGAUCUCUCAAAGUGAUAUGAAAACGUAUAUAGUUCCUUACUUGAAAGACACAUCGACAAUGGUAACAGAAUCAUCUUCAUCUCAUAGAUGGCUUUCAUCAAUGUGGAACAUGUUUGUGAAUCUUGGUGGGUUCAGUGAGGAUCCACAUUUGCUAUCAGUUGUACCUAACUGAAACCGCUGAUGGGCAGUGUCUCACACUCACUAUUUUUUUCAGUCUUUGACCCAUUAUUGACUCAAGUCACAUUUUUGUGUCUGGUCACAUUUUGCCUUGGAAUUACUAUAUAAUCUAUUAUUACCGAUAUUUAAAAUUCAGAUUAUAAAUA